AUGAUUGCAGUCAGCUUGUUUCUUGGAGCUGUUGUGGUGCUGCUCUACCUCAGGUCGGACGGCGACAAUGGUUUUUCGCUCAUAAUAAACAGUCAUUUCGUUUGGACCUACGCGCCGACUGCUGUUCUUGUCUUCAUGGUGGCAGUGUGGCGACAAGUCGACUUCCACACCAAAGUCGUGGCUUCGUGGGUUCAAUUAAGUUACAGCGGUCAGCAACCAGCUUCAAAGACGGUUCUCCUGGACUACCUGUCGCCAAUACAAAUUUCCAGCUUCAAGAAUGCUAUUCGCAACCAACACGUGGCAGUAGUGCUUGGUAUAAUCGGCUCCAUUUUGUCGAAAUUGACUGUACUCGUGUCUACAGCACUGUUCGUUGCUUUACCGAUCUUCCAGGACGCACCCGCGACCGGCCUAAUGCGAACAACUGCAUUCGAUGGCCGCUUGGCAAACGUCGAUGAUAUCCCUACUCUCAAUGACUCCUCGCUGGUGUACACGGCCUACGCUCGCUUCAUCAGUGCACAACCUGAGGCGGCUGCGGCAGCAACCGAGAGCUGCACAUAUGAGGCCUCAGGCCUGCAGGCGUCCGAUCAAGCGGGUGUGAGAACUUCCCUGCAGGCUGUCUUCCCCGAGUACCGAUGCGGGGGCAUUGCAACUUCAACCAUACUUGACCAGAACUCCACCGAGCAGAACCCGAAUCACGUACUACGAAUUGAAGAUCCGACCUGCCAAUUCCCGAACGGCAGAAAGACGAUUCAGCUACAAGCACUGAAUCCAAGAACUUUCCGCUGCCCACCGGAGCAGAUUACACCAAUAUUUGAGCGCCUUACAUGCAAUGGCAAUGGUACAAAUUGGCACUUGCUUGGCCUGAUCGAUUUCAGAUAUGAGCAGUCACUGACCGAUAUUGACCAGGACGCCAAUCUUGGCGCGCCUGUCGAAGCGAUCAACUCCUCUACGUCUGCAAACCGAGGUGCUACAAUAGCUUGCGAGGUGACAUAUUCCAUGGUCAAUGCGACUCAGACCUGCAAGCCUGCUGGUACAAGUCCGCCGAGUACACUCUUCGCCAACAGCACAUUGCUUUCAGAGAGCGUUAUCCAAAAGCUCGAUGGGCUCAGCGAUGCUGACCUUGCCAGGCUGUUCCUCGGCUCUUUGUUCGCCGCCUCCGAUAUGUUCGGCAACGUUCUGGACGAGGGCUACGCACUCGAGUACCCUAACACGAUGCUGAAGUUCAUGGCAAAGACCGUUUCAGGAGGCAGGUACGACGGCUUGUUCGACGAAGACAAGAUGGCAAGAGCAGCACAGUCAGUGUUUCCCAGGAUAGCUGUCCCGCUCUUGCAGAAGAACUUCAUCGCGAACGCCUCUGUGCCGCUGACAGCGAACGGGCGCUUUCUGGAGGAGAGACUCUUUCUCAAUCCCGUCGCCGUCUGGCUAAUGCUCGCAGGCUUUACUCUGAUGUCAAUGGUCGCAGCAUUGCUGGCCUGCAGACGCCCGAUAUUCACAAUCUGGCAAAAUCCGGAAAGCACAGUCACAGCAGGCCUGAUUCUGGCGCAAGAUCCUGAGGUCGAGACGUGCUUUCGCAACGACGGCGAUCCAAACUUGUUCCAAACCAUCACGCAACACAAAUUUGAGCUGGAUACAAGUGCUGCAAGACCCUGGAAACGCGAGCAGUACCUGCUUCUAUCGUCAGGACCUGAUCGCCUGGACAGGUCUGCACCCACAGAUACGCCACACUGGUGGCGAUCGCUGUUUCUUCGACCAUGGAUAUAUACAUCGUGCUUGUUGCUUCCUUUCUUCUCGAUCGGGGCGCUAGAGAUUCUGCAACACUUCUCGGAUCGAUCGCAAGGAUUCGGGACCUCGAGUCUGUCCGCCGGAAACGUCCUAAAAUUCGACCUGCGCAAUGUCUUUCCACUGGUAGCCCUCCUCAUCGCGAGCCUCGUCAACUCCAUAGACUUCAACAUCGCUGCACUAGCGCCCUUUCAGGCUGCGAGACGUGGCUGGGCUGAUGCCCGGACACUUGCACCGGUCCUUGGCCGAGUGCCACUGACUGCUAUACAUCACUUGAUCAUAACACAGAACUGGGGCCCAUUCCUUUCUGCAGUCGCUUCCUUCACUGCUGCGUUUCUCACGAUCGUGGCAUCAGGCCUGUAUAAUGGCGUUUUGCAAGAAAUACAGUCCAACUCCACCAUCACUCUGAGCUACCUCGAUCAAUUCGAGCCAAUAUGGAACAAUAGCGUCUUGGAUGAUGGCAGCGCUGUUGUGCUCGCCAGCAUCUACGAGACUUCGAAUUUCUCUUACACCGCGCUCGCGUAUGAUGAGCUGGCGCUUCGCGCACUCUCGCUAUCAGACUCAGACCUUCGAGACGUCAACAAUGCCGCAAACAGCAGCUGGGUAGUCGAGACACCCGCUCUUCGCGCCAGCCUCGUCUGCGAAGCGGCGCUUGCAACCCAAUUCAACACCACCACUACCACCAUCCAACAAUCCGGAGCAAGUGUGCUCAUCCAAGCAAGCCUCCCCCUUCCCUCCAACUGUCUGUUCGGUGGCCCAAACGGCACCGACUCCAAUAUCGACUUCACCACGUCCUUCAAGCUGCCUACGGGCGCCAACACAGGCACGAUCGGCAAACUCAUCGACCUGCACGUCGGCCCUUUCGAUCCCGCCCUCGCUUCAUCCACCGACGAGAUUAAUCCCAGCAUACAGCGCGACAACCCGCCCGGCUGCCCGUCCCUCGCGUUCGUCUAUGGACACAUGGACGUGUUCAGCGAAGCAAGAUCCCUCGUCAACGUUCUCAUGUGCUACCAGCACCUCGACGAGAUCCCUACGCUCGCAUCUUACUCACUUAGCCGCCUCAACGACGGCACCAUCAUUCCCGCCGAAAGCAUUUCCCCACCAGGCCCGAUCCCGAACGGCCCCACCACGCCCAUUCCCGUCCCCAACUCCCUUCCCAAACAAUACGCCUUUCCCUUCCGCCCCCAACUCCAUCUAGACCGCCGCCUCGCCAUCUUCAAUCAGACGCGGUUCCCCUCUUCCAACAGCGGCGCCGGCGACGGCAACAGUCCCGUCGACCCGUUCUUCCAAGCUGUCCUCUUUGGACGCAGAUCCGUCAGCGAAGACCAUCUUCGCUCCACUGACCCGGCGACGAUGCUGGCCGUGCAAGACGCGAUCCAGGGCGUUUACCGCCGGUAUAUGGCGCUGGUUAUCUCUGCAAAGAUGCGUGUUCCUCUUCUCAGCAACAACAGUGCUGAUGGCACUGGUACAGACACUGCCGCCACCGUCCAAGCAACGCUAACACAUCGCACCCUCCAAGUCCGCCUUACCCAAUCCUCUACAUCGAAACUCAUCCUUCAGAUCCUCCUUGGGAUUAUCACCAUUACGAUGAGUCUAGCGCUGUACCUCACCGAAACCCGAGAGGUUUUGAUGUAUAAUCCCUGCUGUUUCGCGGGCCUGGCGAGCCUGUGGGCGGGGAGUGCGUUCGUCAAGAGGGUGGGGAAGGAUGCGCUGUUUCUGACGGGGGAAAGGGAGUUGCGGGAGAGGUUAGGGGAGUGGGAGUUCAGGCUGGGGUGGUGCGAGGGGGAUUUGGUCGUGCAUGGGAGGAGGGGGAGGCGGUGGGGGCUGGAGGGGAGGAGGAAGGCGAAGCAGGGAGAGGGGACCGUAUUGCGAAAGGAGAGGCUCGAAGAGAGUAGUGGAUGGAUCUAG